AAAAGAUACUGAUUGGAAGCAACGAAAAAAAUAAAAAAGUCAUUGAUGUCCGUUGGUUCCAUGGAGACAAGACAGUAAAAGACAUAAAGGAAAAAUGCAAGUGGAAAGCCUACAAACUUGUUUUGGAAAUAAGACAGUUUUCUUAGCAUAUUUCAAAAAUAAAGAACAACUAGAGGCUGCGAUUGCCGUGGAUAAAAGUAUGGACAACAAAUGGGUAAUACAUGGAAGACGACACGAGAGUAUGGUGCAAAUAGCCUCAAAAGAGGUGACAGCCAGAUCUCUCAUCAGUACGUCCCCGGGAAAAACCAACAAAGUAAUAUCCAUUAACAACCAUGGAUCAACAUCAGCUACGCCUAAUACUGUCAUACAUACAACCACAGAAGAAGUAGUCGAUACCGUUAACAAAUACAGGAGGAAUUUACUGGACGAACCUGAAACACAAAUUCAGCCCUCGGUAACGCCUACGACUAAAGGAUACACUUCACCGGAGAAUGUGGUUAAGAUUAUAGAAGAAUAUAGAGGAGAAGUCUUUACAGAACAUGAAAAUGCACUGACUCAAGAAGGAAUUCCUACAGACUUAUCGGAGAAAAACGAAUAUAUUAAAAGAAGAAAGGAAGAGCUUAUUUUAGAGUUUAAAAGGUACGAUAAAAGAAUGAAAGAACGAGAACAAAAAUCGAAAGCAAAGCUGAUAAGUAAAACCGUUACGCCUGUGGAAUUACAUGAAUUUGCCAAAGUCAACGCUGAUUGUACAGAAAGACUACAAAAGAAGAGUGAUCGUCCGUAUACGCUCUCAAACAAUAACCCUUUCUUAAUUGAAAAGAAAGACAAGUCACCUUUAUCAGAGUCUUCGGAUGACGAUGAAUGUCUAAAAGAUGUCAAAAAGCGUAUAAAGAAGAAACAAGGCGCAAGAAGUAGUGAUUCGGAAGAAGAUCCAACCAUAGAUAGCUCGAGCGAAGUUGAAAUGAAGAUGGAACUCCAACCUGAAACUAAACCCAAUACUGACAAAAUAAAUAAAACACCCCUGGAAGGUUUUAGUAGAGUGUUCUAUCUUUGGUUAUGUUUAUCCGCGCCUUGGUUAGAUAACCCUUGGCUUUGGUUCCGUUACUCCAAGAUUCCGAAAUGGCAAAAUGUUCCAGUGCUCCAGGAUUCUGAAACAGAAAAUGUUCCAGUGCUCCAGGAUUCUGAAACGGAAAAUGUAAGUUCCGGUGCUCUAGGAUUCCAAAACGGAAAAUGUUCCGGUGUUCCAGGAGCGUAA